AUGGAUGGGACCGGCGAACUCCUUUGCCGCAAAUGCAACAAGCCCACCACUGUUUCGACUUCCCAUGCAACGGGACGAAACGAGUUGCUCCGGAUUUGCCAGGAGUGCGGCGGCACGGAGCGGAUCUUGAACAAGCAGAUCGCUCAGGAUCGCUCAGGUAGCUCCCAUCAGGCGAAGAGUUUGGCUCAGAAGAAAGCCAAAGAGGGUGAGCUCAAUGCUCACGACGAGGAUCUGCUGAACAAGUGCCAGACUGCUGCGGACUUGAAGAAGCAGUUGGGGAAGAUGACGAAGGAGGAGCAGUACGAGUGGUACAGGAGUGAAAAGAAGUCCCACCGCCAGGACGGUGGUGGUGGCGGUGUGUCUAAGAAGAGAACAUUUGCCACCGCCGUCGGGGUUGUCGAAGACACUCGGCGGGCUUCCAUGAGAAACAGCGAGCAGGAUAGGUGGUGGCUUGAGAAAGACUGGGUCGCCAGAGAGAUGACCUUGGGCCUCGUGAAGAACUACGAGGAUGGGCGGGCGAAGUUCUUGAAAAGGUGUCAGGAUGAUGACACCGAGAGCAAACAGUUGAGAGGCGUCUGGAUGCUGAAGGAGUUUGGUGGCUUGCUGGGCGAGCUCGCACAGGAGCACAGCGUAGCAGGAACUCUUCGCCAGCGAAUGGACGUCACAGACCAGAGCGAGCUGGCUGUCUGCCAAGAGCAGACAGCACAGAGGCUCAAAAAGGCCGGUGAAAGGCUGGCAACCGAAAAGGCCAUGCUCGACCAAGGCAUGGAAAACGCCUCGGUGCCGGGACUGCAUGUCGCCCGAGACCUCGAUCAGCUCAAGCAGGAAGAGGCUCUGCGAGAUCAAAGGUGGAUGGAAACGGUGCUGGAGAAGCAACAAGCCGACAAGGAAAGGCUUGAGAAUAAGGACAAGAAGAAACCCGUUAGGGCAGUGCUCUUCCUGCAGAUCAAGAAUGCCCAUGCCCGGGAGGAGACCAUGCUUGCCUCCGCACACGGCAAGCAGCAGGAAGCCUUCACCGGCCUGAGAGAAGAGACUCAGGCAAUGAUGGCAGAGGAAGACGAAGGAACAAAGAAAGAGUUCCAGUCAACAAUGGAUGCACUCGAAGAGGACUUGAGCAAACUUCUUCAAUCCAUCCCUGAGCUCGCAGCAAAGCGGAAAAUCAAGGAGGAGGAGAUGGCAACGACGGAGGACGAUGACGAGCUGCUCAACUACCUGAAGGAGGCCACGGAGGCGUGCAAGAAGGGUCCUGGGGAGUGGCCACAGCUGAAGGCGGUGAAGGACAGGAUGAAGGCCUUCCGAACUUUGGUCAACGAUGCCAAAAAGGCUUUGGCCAAAAAGGACUCGCUGGCCAAGAAGAAGGCAAAGAACAGCAGCAACGGGGUGUGGUUCAAUCUGCAGGAGGAUAUGCUGGAUCAGAUGCCGGGCAAGGGCCCAGUGCUGAUCCCUGCCGAGCAAAUCACAGGCCUGCUCAAGAGUGUUCACGAUCUGGUUUACUACCAGUCCCAGAAGCAGUGGUUAGGAGAGAAGAUGAAGACAGAUGGCAGAGGUGUAACUACUGCGGUGAUCGGACGAGAGGCAGUUGCGAAGCAAGUUCUCGGCUUCAUCGGCAAGAGCCUGCCGGUGGCAGUCGCUGACCGCCUUUCGCUUCCGGGGGAUGAAGAGCUGCUGGACCUGUGGAGGCCCAUGUUCUGCCAGUGCAUGGGCGGCCGUGUGGACACCAGCGCAGCCUUCAGCCUGCCAGAGCUGACGGAAACACAGCUCGGGGACUUCAAAGCCCUCACGUCGCAAGAGUUCCUUGACCGCUGCGAGUGGUUUGCAAACUUGUCCGCCGGCCAGGGCAUCGUCCUGCCGCCAGGGAUGGUGUACAUCAUGAUCAACACGGAGUACGACGUCGAGAAGGAUGGCAGCCCCGAAAGCAUUCCAGCCCACAUGCUGAAGUUGUUCGUAAUGACGGCGAGCUCCUGCAAAUGGGCAUCGACAAGCCUUGCAAGGGUGGUCGCCCGCACCCCCGAGCUGGGUGCCAAAAGAACAGGUAAACUUCUGAACCACUUCCUCAGCGUGCUGGACUAA